AUGUUAAAUCAAAAUGGUAAUAAAUCAUCUACUUCCGCCGAUAUGCCAGAUUAUAACUUGAGUAAUAAAGAAAAUAUAGAAAAUAAAUAUAUUAAUGAAAAUUUACCUAAUAUUAUAGGGCAUGAUAAUCUACCUAAUAUUAUAGAACAUGAUAAUCUACCUAAUAUUAUAGGGCAUGAUAAUAUAAAUAAAAAAAAUGAUAGAUAUUCUUCAAAAACAUUUAUUUCAGAUAAUUCAACAAAUGGAUCAAUAUCAAAUAAAAAUAGCACUGAUGAUUCCUAUUCACAAAAAUCAAAUUACAAUAUAGUAAUAAAUUCUCAUAAUAGUAAUGAUUCAUAUAAUGAAAGAACGAAAUAUAAUAAAAAAAAAAGUUUUUUUAGUGACUAUAAUGUAGUUCCAAAUCAUUCCCCAUUUUUUGAUGAUAACAAAAAUCGAAUAUCGAAAGAAACUAGUAAUAACAUUUUUUCAGGAAAUUCAAAUUGUGAAAAUAAAAAUAGUUGUAAUAUUACCAAUGAUGUUUAUAAAGACACACAUUAUAAUAUUAUUAGUGCAAAUAAUAAUCAUUCAGAAAACGACAUUUUAUAUCAAAAGGAAAAAACUUAUUUAAAUCGAAAUGAUAAGGAUCAUGGAUAUGACAAUAACUAUUCUUAUAACCCCCCAAAAAAUAAUACAAACAAAAAUGGUCAUGAAAAUAGCUUAAAUAAUUAUAAGCUGACCAAUAAUAAUAAUAAUAAAAUAUAUAUAGAAGAAACAAAUGUAACAUAUGAUGGAGAGAAAAGACCAAGCAAUGUAUCUGAAAUGUACAAUCUUCGUGAUGAUAAACAUGUAAAUAAUUUAAAUAAUGAUUACUUAAAAAAAAAUUAUAUAUACAAAAGUUUGUGUAUGAAUAGAGAAAAAACAAUGGGACAUACAAAAAUAUUUGAUUAUGUUGAAUGCAAAAGUGGUGACGAAAAUAAUAAUAUAUCUAAACAUAAAAAUAAAAAUAGUGAAUUUAUUCCUAAAUAUAAAAAUUUAACAGCAAAGGAAAUACAUUAUAAUAGUUUAUCUGGAAAUGAUAAUAUAACUGUUUUAGAAGCAAACAAAAUAAAACUUGAUAUAAAUAAAAUUUCGAAUAAAAAUAUAGAUCCAUUACCUGAUGUAUACCCAUUUAAAUUGUCAAAAGAGUAUUGUAAAAAUGAAGUAAAAUUAGAAAAGUUAUAUCCAGCUAAUUAUAAGUAUAUAAAUAAUUAUAAUAAAAAUAAUGCAAAUAUAUCAAUAGAAGAACGAAGAAAUAAUAUGCAUUCAAGUCAUAUAUUUGAUUAUGAUUGUGAUGAUAAUAAAAAUCAGACAAAAAAUGAAAAUUAUAGAAAUACAAAUACGAUACUACCCCAUACAUAUAAUACUACUAAUAAUAAUAAUAUAUCAAAUGAUGAUAAAAAUGCAGAAAAAAAUGAAAAUAGAAAAAAAUAUCCACUUUAUAGUGAUUUAUUUGGAAGAACGACACCAAAUAUAAAUAAAACUAUCCCAUGUGAAAAAAUAAUGCCAACUACAAUGAAUUCAAAUUGGAUGUAUUGUCCAAUAAAUAAUAAAAGAUAUUCAGGUGAAACAACACAAAAUUCAGAUUAUCUUAAAUGCCCUGGUAAAACUAAUUUUCAUAGAAAAUCAUAUUUUCAUAAUGAUGGAUAUGAUUGUCGAAAAAAACUUCAAGAAGCUAUAGGCAAAGGUUCAAAAGCAUCAUUUCAAAUGCAUUUGCAAUCUUUUAUAAAUCCAAUAAAUAAUGAUGAUAUUGAUAAUUAUUAUAAUAAUAAUAAUCAUGGAAAUGUGCAAGUUACAUAUUUGCAUUUACAAAAUAUAAAAGAUUCUAUAACUGAUGAUCAAAUAAAAACAGCUAUCAAACAAAGUGGCUCCUACAUAGUUAGUUAUGAACCGGAAUUUGAUAUUUUUUCAAAUAAACGAAAAAGUAAUGCAAAAUUAUGUAUAAGACAUCCCAAUGGAAAAGAUAAUUUGAAUAUUUUAUUUAACUUGUUCGAUGAACUUGACAUAAAGGCUCGAAUUUUGUUUUAA